AUGAAUACCCCGAUUACGUUUGAAAUUGAAACGCUGAACGCCGGAAGCGCCAUGGAUAUAGGAACUGGGAAAUUUACGGCACCCGUAAAAAGUAAAGGGACUUAUUUCUUUACCUUCGAUGGAUUGGCGAAUUACCCUGCUUCUGGCUCAGCUUUCAAUUACAUGCAAGUGCAAUUGUUGCUGAACGGAAAUCUGAUGGGGACUGCGCAGAUCAACGAGGCUAAUGUCGUCAGUUUUACCAGCGUUCUCAGUCCAGUAACUCUGCAAUCCACUCUGCAUUUACAAAAGGGCGAUCAAAUAUGGUUGCAAAUUGGUGACAUUUUAAAAGAUGGAGUGUUGUUUGACAGCGUUUACCACUCGAGCCACUUUACUGGCUUCCUUAUCGAAGAAGACCUUUUCAACUACUUGUACUAUUUUAUAACGGUUAACUGUUUUUAA